AUGUCCCGCCGUUUUGCACUUAUUGCUUUGCUGUUCUCAGUCACUUAUGCUCAGUCAACAACUCAGCAAUCACAGCAAAUCAGUUUGGAUCCUAAUGCAGGUCCACUCAAACUUCGCAUUGUAUUCCAAUCAGAUCAACAACAACAGGCUCAACAAUCUCCAUGUUCCACGGGUAACUGUGGAUCCGUUCAACCAGUUCAAGCUUCCCCAUGCUCUACUGGUAACUGUCAAGCCACGCCCACUUUGAGCCCGUGCUCCACUGGAAACUGUGGUUCUAUUCAACCAGUUCAAGCAUCUCCAUGCUCUACUGGAAAUUGCAAUGGACCUGUUGCAGGAUCUGCCAACAUUGUGCCAGCUUAUGAUGCCUCGACCUACACGACCACGACCCCAAUGCCAGUGCCAAUUCGUACUGUCCCAAUCGUAACUUCUAACACUGCUCCAGUUAAAGUAAUCCGUAUCCCAUCCUACUCGAACUCUUAUUCAUCUGGAUGCUUCUCUCCACCAUGCGGAGCUCCAAGAUUCGUCUUCGCUCAACCACCAUGCUUCGGAAACUCGUGUGGGCCAAGAUUCAUGUUCCCACGCCGUCGUCAUCACUUCUUCGGACAACGACCAAUCAUUAUUGGAAACAGAAACAAUGGAAACUCAUUCAAUGCUGGAGGAAACGUUGCAAUCCCAGAUACAAUCUACAGAAAUGGACAGGCAAUUCGUGCUCCAAUCCGAGUUCCAAGCAGUUAUCAAGAUGGAAACCCAGUGUUCAACUCUGGAAAGUAA